AUGGCGGAUUUGUCUGUACAAAGCGUUGGUGGAUAUGUUGCUAACAGUCUAGCAAUUAUGACAGAUGCACUUCAUAUGUUAACUGACCUUAGCGGUAUUAUUUUGACCCUGCUUGCUCUCUGGCUGUCUGCAAAAUCUCCCACAAAGAGGUUCACUUUUGGAUUUCAUCGCCUAGAAGUACUGUCAGCCAUCAUUAGUGUAUUGCUGGUCUAUAUCCUUAUGGCAUUCCUCUUGUAUGAAGCUGUUCAAAGAACUAUCCAUAUGGACUAUGAAAUAAAUGGAGAUAUCAUGCUGAUUACAGCAGCCGUUGGUGUUGCAGUUAACUUAAUAAUGGGUUUUUUGCUGAAUCAAUCUGGCCACCUUCACUCCCACUCUCACUCUCGUGUACCUCAGUCGAACUCUCCUAGCACAGCCCACAGCAGCAGCCAUGGACACAGCAGCCUUGCCGUGAGAGCAGCAUUUGUACACGCCCUUGGGGACCUGGUACAAAGUAUUGGUGUGCUCGUAGCUGCUUACAUCAUACGCUUUAAGCCAGAAUACAAGAUUGCUGAUCCUAUAUGUACAUAUGUAUUCUCCAUACUGGUGGUUUUGACAACAGUUCGAAUUCUGUGUGACACAGGAGUUAUUAUUCUGGAAGGAGUUCCAAGGCAUUUAAAUGUGGAUCGCAUUAAGGAAGACUUGAUGAAAAUUGAAGACGUUUAUUCUAUAGAAGAUUUAAAUGUUUGGUCUCUCACUGCAGGAAAAACAACUGCCAUAGUCCACUUGCAACUAGUUCCUGGUAGUUCAUCUAAAUGGGAAGAAGUUCAGUCCAAGGCCCAACAACUGCUGCUGAACACAUUUGGAAUGUACAAGUGCUCUGUCCAGCUUCAGAGUUACAAACAGGAAAUGAGCAAAACCUGCGUAAGUUGUCAGAGUUCCAGUGCCUAAUUUCAUAUGUUUUG